CUAAGCAUCGAGAAUGGUGUGGUUAUGAAGGGGGAAAGGCUGGUGAUCCCGAAAACCAUGCAAAAGUAUAUCUUGGAGCAGAUUCACGUAGGCCAUCAGGGCAUAACAAAAUGCCAACUCAGAGCUAAAACUUGUGUAUACUGGAUUGGUAUCAACAGUGACAUAGAAAAACUAGUGUCACGGUGUGAACCAUGUCAGACACACAAACCAAGUCAAGCAGCAGAAACUGCAACCUCACGAGAUCCCAACCCGUCCGUGGCAGACAUUGGGAACAGACUUGUUUCACUUUGGAAAUGCAGAAUACCUGCUCCUUGCUGACUACUAUACAAAGUAUCCAGUUGUACGACAAAUCCAAGGAGCAAGCACAUCGGGAGCAGUGGUAAAGAUUGUGAAACAGAUACUCUCCGAGUUCGGACGACCCGAGCGGAUUAUUUGUGACAACGGUCCUCAAUUCUCUUCGGCAGAAUUUAACCAGUUCUUGAAAUCAUGGAACAUUGACAAUGUGACUAGCAGUCCGAGGUACCCUAGAUCCAAUGGGUUCAUCGAGCGUAAUGUACGGACAGUGAAGGAAAUCCUCCAAAAGGCAAGAGAAAGCAAAACUGAUCCAGAUCUUGCCAUGCUGUGCGCCCGAACAACACCGAUUGACAACCACUUACCAAGUCCGGCGGAACUUAUGUUCAAUCGGAAAGUGGUCAGCAAUCUUCCUAUCAAGGUGACACCCAGCCAGUGGACGACACAUGACCCAGAUAAGGUACAGGAACGUCUCAAACAGAGACAAGACACUCAGAAGCACUACCAUGAUAGAACUGGUACAAAAGACUUACCUCCCUUGUGUCCAGGGCAGUUUGUCACACUACAGGAUCACAAUAGUGGACAUUGGUCACCCGCUAAGGUGAUUGAAAAGUGUCUAGAGCCCAGAUCGUACAUGGUUGAAACCCCAAAUGGAGGUAUCCUUAGGAGGAAUCGGAAACAGUUACGUGAGACUCCAUGGGUACCGAAAAGAGUUCACUUCCAAGAUGGAAUGAAAGAUCUGAUCCCUAAUCGGAUCCCGAAGCCAGCCGAGAGCACGUGUGAGCCAAAAGGCUCAGGCAGAGAUGUACAGGCAUCUGAUACAUCAAACCGCACACGCUCUGGUAGGAUAAGUGUGAAACCUGAUCGCCUUGAUCUUUGAAUCGGUUGAUGCACACACCCUGUACUGCUUCAGUAGAUUAAUACUGUGACAUUGAGUUAGUUAUUUUAGUACGACAUGAACAUUGGACAAUGCAAUAUUUUGUUUCGUUAAUACAGCCGUAGAUAAAAUAAAACAUAUCAAGUAGAUGUGUAACAGUAUUAGACAUCCACCCAACUCACGAUUGUUUGUUAUAAUUAGAAAGGGGGAUGUAAUAUGACAGCUUAGCAUUGGUAUACGCGAGUACAUGCGUGAGCAUGCGCAGUAGGUUCUUCCUCUCUCUCACGAUCAUGGGCUCUUGUGGAA